CACCUUUUGACUGUAAUGGAAUGUUAAGUGUGUACUACAAUGUCAAUCAUAUGUGGAUCUGAGGUGAAACUCUCGUAGUACUGCUAAUACCUCUGUCGUACCAACACAUUUUUUUUCUUAGAAUUGUGGACUUAUUUUGUGCCCUAGUGAAUAGUUUGUUUAAAAAAAUAAAAGAUACGUUCUUUGUGGCUGUCACAUUAAUGAUGAUAGUGUUCUAAUUUUUUUAUUUCACGUACACAAAUUCACUUCGAAGCAAUACCUAGUACCGCGAUACCAAUAUCGUUUAACCUUGCAAUACACCAUUGUAUAUUGCUGAUACAAUCUGUUCUAGAACAAAGAAACUAUGCUGUCAAAGGUCACACAAAAAUACCACCUCUAGAGCAAAAAUAAGCGAUAAAUACUAGAUUACUUAAAUGUACGAAACAUGGACAUGUAUUUAAACGCUAGUACUAUCAUUUUGUCUUUAAUUGACAAUCAUGAUCAGGUUCGCACACGUUAUAGUUUUUUCCACUUUUCUGUCAACAUGGGUUAUAGGAUCCGAUGUUGGUCUAACACCCGUCCAAAUGAUUGAAGGCCACGGUUACCCUUCCGAGACUCACUAUAUAAAAACCGAAGAUGGCUACAUCCUCACCUACUACCGCAUACCCCACGGAAUCGUCGAUGACUCGACUUCGCCUCGACCAACAGUGUUACUCCAACACGGCUUCAUCUCUUCAGCCGCCGAUUACGUAAACAUGGGUCCUGGUCGCAGCUUGGGCUACAUUCUGGCUGACGCUGGCUACGACGUAUGGCUAGGCAAUGCCAGAGGGAACACUUUUUCCCGAAACCACACAAUUUGGAGUCCCGAUUUCAACAAGAACCUAUUUUUUGACUUCAGUUGGCACGAAAUCGGGUACUACGAUUACCCAGCAGCUAUUGACUAUAUUUUAAAUUUGAAAGGUGACGACAGUUUGUAUUACGUAGGACAUUCUCAAGGUACCACUUCGUUCUUGGUUUUGGCUAGCACGAGACCCGAAUACAACAAAAAAAUUAAAUUGGCGACCCUCCUCGCUCCUGCUGGGCACAUGGGCAACCCGCCCAACGCUGCUGUAAAAGAAUAUUGUAUGUUGAUAGAUGAGUACGCGGCAACUUGGGCGGCGUCCCUAAUUUUUGAAAUUCCGAACACUGAGGCUGCGAGAAUUUGGGGGUCGACUACUUGUGUUUUGCCUGUGAAUUAUGCUGACUGCGCGGCGGUUUAUUAUACCACCAUGGGUAUUGAUAUUACGGAAGUGGAACCGGAAAUGUUGCCCGUUAUAGCCACCAACGCUCCAGCUGACGCCGCUAUUAAAGAGUUGGUACACUAUGGUCAGAUUAUAAAAACCGGGAAUUUUGCAAAGUUUGAUUAUGGUAUGAUGACCAAUCUUAUGGUGUAUGGUAGCAUGACGCCACCGCUUUAUGACCUUAGUAAAAUUACGGCACCUGUAGCUUUUUAUUAUGCUACCAAUGAUGGGUUGUUGUCUAUUGAGGACGUGAAGCAAACUAUUAGUGAGGUUUCCAACGUGGCCGGGGAAUAUUUGGUACCACUUGAUGCUUUUAAUCAUUAUGAUUUUCUUUUUGCGAAGGACGUGGUAGAACUCCUUUAUAAUGAAGUUGUUGCCACUAUUAAAAAGUUUUAGAGGACGUUACUUCUUUUUUGAAUAUUUUGAUUCUUGUAUGAAUUAAAAUAUAUCUGUUUCGAGGAACUUAUUAAACUGUUUUGCCUAAUAAAGUAGUUAUCCACUU